UCUAGCUACAUAACAUCAUGAAUAUUCUCUUGCUUCUCUUUGCAUUUCUCCCGAUUAUUGUUGUUCCUGCUCAUGCAAGAAUCUUAGCAGAGAGUGCAGGAGGCAAGUUGGCCUUGAUUAUAACCAUUUAUGGAAGGAAAACUCCGAGCCCACCACCAUCCCCAUCAUCAUCUCCUCCAACCCAUCAGUCUACAAUUGGUGCCACAGCUUUUCCACCACCAGCUCCACCACGUACAAAACCAAUAGGUCAAGGAACAAGCUACGAAAGAACUCGAUCCCCACCGCCUUCGCCGAGGCCAGCACCGUCACAUGGACAGCUAGGAAGUAGUACUUCUCCAUGCAAAAGAAUCAUAUCUACGGUAACUGAGCAUUGUGUAAGGAAGCCAAGGUCACCUCCGCCGUCACUGAAAGGAAGUGAUUAUGAAAACACUCGAUCCCCGCCACCUCCGCCAAAGGCAGCGCCGUCACAUGGACAGCUAGGAAGUACUUUUCCAUGGAAUAGAAUCAUAUCUAUAGCAACUGAUUAUGGAUGGAUCAAAUUACCAAGAUCAUCAUCCUCCAUCGUCCAAGACAAAUGAUUAGUGUGUUACAAGUACAACUAGCUAGUAUCUCAUAAGUAAUUACCUUUAGGAGUUAAAAUAAGGUUUAUGGACACAGCUACCUUAUUUGGUCUUUGGAUUUGACGGUCCGAAUGUUUGUCCUUGCGAAUAAAAUAAACGUUGUGUGGUUAA